CACACACGCUGAGACGCACACACGACAAGCUAAACAUGCCGACCACGCCGCUGCUCCUUGCCGCCGUGCUCCUCCUCUCCGCCGCGCUGCUCUGCUCGGGCCACCCGCCGGGCUGCCCCGUCCCGCUGCCCACGCAGACGGCCGACAACAACCCGCGGCUGCAGCGCGCGUACGUGGCCCUGCAGGCGCUGAAGAAGGCCAUCACCGACGACCCCAAGAACCUGACGCAGAGCUGGUGCGGCCCCGACGUGUGCGCCUACUUCGGCGUGUUCUGCGCGCCGUCCCUCGACGACCCCUGCGCUCGGACGGUGGCCGGCGUGGACCUCAACCACGGCGACCUCGCCGGCACGCUCCCGUUCGAGCUCGGCCUGCUCACCGACAUCGCCGUCCUCCACCUCAACUCCAACCGCUUCGCAGGUGGCCUGCCGGACUCCCUCCCCAAGCUGAGCCUCCUCUACGAGCUGGACGUCAGCAACAACCGCCUCUCCGGCGGCUUCCCGCAGCACAUCCUCUGCCUCCCCAACGUCAAGUUCGUGGACAUCAGGUUCAACAACCUGUGCGGCCCCGUGCCCCCGGCAAUCUUCGACAAGAAGAUCGACGCGCUCUUCAUCAACAACAACCACUUCGACUUCGAGCUCCCGGACAACUUCGGCAACUCCACCGCCUCCGUCAUCGUCCUCGCUAACAUCCGCCUCCGCGGCUGCAUCCCCUCCAGCAUCGGGCGCAUGGGCGGCACGCUGAACGAACUCGUCCUGCUCAACUCCGGCAUCAGGUCCUGCAUUCCGCCGGAGAUCGGCGCGCUACGCGAGCUCAACGUGCUGGACGUGAGCUUCAACCAGCUCCAGGGCCAGCUGCCGGAGUCCAUGGCCGGGCUGCGCUCGCUCGAGCAGCUCGACGUGGCGCACAACGAGCUGUCCGGGCACAUUCCGGAGGGCAUCUGCGCGCUGCCGCGGCUCUCCAACUUCACCUACUCGUUCAACUACUUCUGCGGCGAGCCAGAGCGGUGUGCGACGCUGCGGCGCAACGACGACCGGCAGAACUGCAUCGCCGGCAAGCCCGACCAGCGGCCGACGGACCAGUGCAUGGCGUUCCUGCACCGACCGCCGGUGCACUGCGACGGGCACGGAUGCUUCGCCCAGCACUACUGAUGCUCGAUCACCGCGGUAAUUGUUAGAGUACUGCGCGCUUGCAGUGGCUAGAUUGUGGAAUUGGUUUGGUGGUGGUGUAAAAUGGAUGGAUUGGCGGAUCGAUCCAACAGGGUGAAUCCGUACAGAGAUUUCAGUAAUCGUAUAUAUAUACACUGUAAUUUUUUUGGUUA